CGGCGCCUGUAGUGGACACGCCGCGGCGUCAAGCACCACGGCCCGGCACGCCGCCACGCAUCCUCACUACCGCCACUCCCUGACACAGUACACGCGCCUGAACACGCGGCGCCCCAGCGUGCUGCACUCCUCCAGUAAGCGCACACCAGCAUGCCCAUGUGCCGCUGCGACCUGUACGCGGAGCUGGGCGUGGCGCGCGACGCAACCCUCGAGGAGAUGCGGAGGGCGUACCGCCGCAGGGCCCUCGCCUUGCACCCCGACAAGAACCUCCAUGAUGCCCAGGGCGCCACGGCCAGGUUUCAAGAGCUGCAAGCAACCUUCCAGGCUCUGUGCCGUGCUCAGGAGGGCGGCGAGCAGAAAGCCACAAGGCACAGAGGCAGGGAGGAGGAAAUGAAGGAAAGGCGAAGGAAGGAGAAGGCGACGCAGGAAGAGGAAAAAAGGCAAAGAAAGAGAGAACAGUGGCUAAAGAGGCAGAAGGAAGAAAACGAGAGGAGGCGGCGGCAAAGGGCGGAGGAGUGGCUGCGGAGACGAAGACAGGAGGACAAAGAGCGAGUGGCGAGGCAGCGGGCGAAGCGGCAGCACCUGCAGGACACACUGAGGCGGCGGAGGCUGCUGGCCUGGCUGGACAGAGAGGCGAGGGAGGCCAGGAUACUGGCCACGGAGAUGGCGAGGGAGACUAGGAGAGAGAAGCAAUGGGAGCAGGAGAGGAGGAAGCAAGGAGAGGAGGAGGAGAGGAGGGAAGCACAGCGGCGGCAGGAGCAGAGAGAGACGGCGGAGUGGACGCGGCGCAAGGUGGAGCAGGUGGAGGGGUGGUUCAGGCGGGACGAGGAGGAGAGGAGGAGGAGGGAGGAUCAGAUACGACGCUACAGAAGACUGGAGGAGCACAGGCGACGGGAGGAGCGGGGGAGCAGGAUGGUGCAGGAGCGAGAGAGCAAGACGUACAGGAAGGAGUAAAAUAACGUAAAUAUUAAGAAACUAAUCAGCUGGGUUCAAAGUCAUGCAAACCCUGUAUUUAUACAGGGUUUGCAUGACAUUAUACUACAUAUUUUCAUUCCUCAUUUCUUAUUUCUACAGUUUAUUUUAUUUGUACAUUUUUAUUUGAUUUAUUUUCUUGUUUUCAUUUUCAGUUUCACUACUUAUUUUCGUUUAUUUAUUUAUUUCUUUAUUUAUUUA